CAGAGGAACUGUGAGAAAAGAGAUAAUCGCACUUGCUCACCCCAAGGGUUACCUGUGACACCCUCGCAAUGACAAGAGGGCCCAGCGAAAGAGGGCCACGCAAAAGAAGUUUGGAUGAUACCCUAGCCGGCAGCUUGUAGGCUAAAAGUUCCUGUGCGUGUCCUGUUUUUUUUAAUGCUUUUCGUCAUUUUGGAGUGCUUUCGGAGUUACCUGUGCUGUGAUCGAUCGGAGAAUACGCGAGUCGAGUUAUUCAUCAGCCACAAAUCGUUGCAUGAAACUGAGAGCCGGGCCGCAAUGAGUCGGAGAACACGACGCUGGAUUUUAAGAGUUUUACUUUGUCUGGGGAUUGUUUAUUUGAAAAUUGGUGGCUUCUCGUCGGUGGUGGCCCUAGGUGCGAGUAUAAUCUGUAACAAGAUCCCCGGAUUGGCCCCGAGACAACGCAUUAUCUGCCAGAGUCGCCCCGAUGCCAUUAUCGUCAUCGGAGAGGGAGCCCAAAUGGGCAUCAACGAGUGUCAGUUUCAGUUCAAAAACGGGCGCUGGAACUGCUCUGCGCUUGGAGAGAGGACAGUCUUCGGAAAAGAGUUGAAAGUGGGCAGUAAAGAAGCUGCGUUCACCUACGCCAUCAUUGCCGCCGGGGUGGCCCAUGCCAUUACGGCAGCCUGUACACAGGGUAACCUGAGUGACUGUAGCUGCGACAAAGAGAAGCAGGGUUUCUACAGCGUAGACCAGGGGUGGAAGUGGGGAGGCUGCUCGGCAGACAUCAGCUACGGCCUGGGCUUCUCCAAAGUAUUUAUUGACGCUCGGGAGGUCAAACAGAACGCGAGGACGCUCAUGAACCUCCAUAACAAUGAGGUGGGACGCAAGAUUCUGGAGAAGAACAUGCAACUGGAAUGUAAAUGUCAUGGUGUCUCCGGCUCCUGCACCACCAAAACCUGCUGGACUACACUUCCCAAGUUCCGCGAGCUUGGCUACAUUCUCAAGGAAAAGUAUGCCCAUGCGGUGCACGUGGAACCGGUCAAAGCCAGCCGCAACAAGCGUCCUAAAUUCCUCAAGAUCAAGAAGCCUUACUCUUAUCGGAAGCCCAUGGAUACAGACCUGGUGUACAUAGACAAGUCCCCCAACUACUGUGAGGCGGACCCUGUGACGGGGAGCUUGGGGACGCAGGGCAGGGUGUGUAACAAGACAAUGAUGCAGCACAUCAGUGGCUGUGACUUGAUGUGCUGUGGCCGGGGAUACAACACACACCAGUACUCCCGCGUCUGGCAGUGCAACUGCAAGUUCCUGUGGUGCUGCUAUGUUAAAUGCAACACCUGCAGCGAGAGGACAGAGGUGUACACAUGCAAAUGAAAAUAUUUAUUGGACAGUGUGUGUGUGUGUGUGUGUGUGUGUGUGGUGAUGUAUGUGAGCAUGUGGGUUCAUGUCUUUUUGUUUUCAUGGACAAACAGGAACUAUUAAACUUUACAAGAAGGCUGUUAUUACGGUCUUUUUCACACAUGACGAGGAUCUGCUGUACUGUGUAUACAGUAAGCUGAAGGUGGGGUGUCACGAUUCUUUUGCACACAAAGCUCUACAACCCUCUUCUUGGACUGUCGUGUUUGUUGGGGUGCAAUGUCGAAAAAGAUGCGACCAAAACACUGUUAAGGGAAAACCUGCGCCCUGGCAUGUGGGUGAUCACGGUGUGAGUCAGUGAAGCAAAAUGUCAAGACUUUAAGCUACAUGGACAUGUUCUGACGUUUAGGAAACGGACUUUGCAAAUGCAAAUGAAAUAUGGUGGAUGAUUGCUGGGCAGGACGCAGUGCUGUAGUCGCCCCUCUGUGCACAGAUGAAUUAACACAGCCAUUUGGAAUAUUUAACAUGCUGUAUUUAGAGAAUGCAAAUAAUUAAUAUUAAUUUAUUCUAUUAAAAACUACUGAUUUUGUCCAUUAUGGAUCAAAAAUAACUAAAUGUUGGGAAGUUUUAGUGUAUUAAAGCAAUCAAAACAUGCCCACAGUUAACACACUGGAUUUGAAUCUGCCUGGAAUGAUGUGUCCUGUUUUAGAAUAAUGUUGUUCCAGAUGAAACUGCUGUAGGCUACUCACUUUGACCUUCUGACCCCCUCAUGAGUUUGUCUUCCCUCUGUUUGCUGCUAGUCUAGAGAAUCCCAUUUGUUGAGGUAGAAGGCUGAACGCUCUACUGGCUGCCUUCAAUGGCGUUGCUUACUUCAAGCGGAAUUAGCUUAACAGGAUUCGUUCGCUGAUCAAAAACACAGGCACAUCUUCCACUUUUGGUAAAUAUUGGUUAAUAGAGUAUAUUUUGUAAAAACCUAUUUUUAUAUGAAUGUCUUAUUUAUAUCUUUUGCAUAUUCAAUGUCAUGUUCUGACCCUGACACCUGUUUUUAAAUCCUUCUGGAAAAAAAAAGCUGAUAUGUGUAAGUUGGCCCCUGCUGUCACUGCCAUAGUUGUAUAUUGUAAUUGCGAUAGAAACUGUUUAUUUGUGUCUGUGUUCAAACAUCUGUGUUUACUGCGUUUCAUGACUACUACUGAUGGAAUACAGGAACAGAAUAACACUAAAA